AUGACGAACAUAAUCAGUUACUGCAUCUUCCGUCAUAAUGCCUUUCGAUUUCAGCUGUCGAAAAUUUCUGGUAAGGCUCUAUUCUCCUCUUCUGCUCGUUUCACUAGCGUCGAUGAUGCCCUAGAUUCAUUUAAUAGUAUGCUCCACGCGAAUCCCAUGCCCUCCAUUGUGAAAUUCGGUCAAUUAUUGACUGCCCUUGUGAAACUGAAAGCCCCUGAGGUUGCGCUUUCCGUGGCCGAACGAAUGGAUUUGGCUGGCAUUCCCUGCAACGAUUACAUACUUAACAUGUUGAUCCAUAGCUACUGCAAAUUGGGUCGCGUGGAUUUCGGGUUUUCGAUCUUAGGCAAAGCUUUUAAACUCGGACUUCAACCAGAUGUGAUUGCUUUCAAUACUCUGAUUGAUGGGCUCUCCAAAAGUGGGAGAAUUCCUGAGGCAGUGGAGUUGUUUAAUAAGAUGGUGGCUUUAGGAUAUAAGCGGGAUGUGGUCACUUAUAACGCGAUUGUAAAUGGGCUGUGCAAGAUGGAAAAAACAGAUGCAGGUCUUAGUUUGCUCAGACAAAUGGAAGCUUUGGGUUGUUGCCCUAGUGUUGCUACAUAUAACACUGUCAUGGAUGCCCUAUGCAAGAAUGGUUUGAUGUCAAAAGCUCUGGAUGUCUUUUCUGAGCUAAAGAAUAAAGGAGUUUCACCAGAUGUUUUCAGCUACAAUUCCUUAAUUCACGGCUUAUGCAUCUCAAGCCAGAGGGCUGAAGCUUUGAGGAUGUUGAUUGAAAUGAUAGAUAGUGACAUCAUGCCUGAUGUAUUCACCUUUAGCAUAUUGGUUGAUGAUUUCUGCAAAAACGGGAUGAUUUUGCAAGCUAAAGCUGUGGUCAACAUGAUGAUUCAGAGAGGAGUACAUCCAAACAUUGCUACGUACAACUCAUUGCUUGAUGGAUAUUGUUUGAGAAGUGAAGUUGGCAACGCUAAAAGGUUAUUUGACUUGAUGUCCAGCCUGGGAUGCAAGCCUAAUGUUCGUACUUACAGCAUCAUGAUCAAUGGAUAUUGUAAAGAUAAAAGGAUCUCUGAAGCCAAACAGUUAUUUUCUGAUAUGCUUGAGAAGGGUUUGACUCCAAAUAAUAUUACAUUUAAUACUCUUAUUGAAGGAUUCUGCCUUGUGGAAAGGCAUCAAGAAGCACAUGAACUUCUCACGAAAAUGGUUGAUCAGGGUCAAGUGCCAGAUGUUGUGACAUAUAGCAUUUUGCUGUCUAACAUGUGCAAACGAGGUAAGCUAGAUGAGGCGUUGACUAUGUUCGAAUCAAUAAAAAAUAGCAAGUUAAAGCCGGAUGUUCGGAUGUAUAAUAUCUUGAUCGAUAGCCUGUUCAAAACUGUGAAGCGUGGGGAGGAAGCAUGGGCUUUGUUUACUAUCCUCCGCGAAGAUAAGUUCUUACAACCUAAUGUGUACACAUAUAACGUGGUAAUUGGUGGGCUCUGUGGACAAGGUUUGGUCGAUAAAGCUUAUGAUUUAUUUAGAACAAUGGAGGCGAGUGGUUGCGCACCGAAUUCCCGCUCUUAUAAUGCAAUCAUCGCUGGAUUUCUUCAGCACAAAGAUCCACUUGACGCAGUGGAACUCAUUCAAGAAAUGAUUUCUAAGGGUUUCUCCUCUGAUGCUACCACGAUGUCCUUGAUCGUAGGUUUGGAUAAUCCAUAUCUUGCAAAACUUUUAGAUUCCUCAGAUUUGGGUGACGAGGAGAAGCGGCUAAAGGGUUUAUCAACAGAUACAACUCAAGGAGGAUCAUGUGGUACCCAAAAACCUAUUGAAAGUCAUUUUAACCAGGAUGAGCAAGUUACCGCUGGUUGCAGAGGCAUGCAGUGA